UGUCCUGGGCGGAGAGGGUGGACCCAGGUAACGGAAGCCUGGGGAGGCGCGUGGCGGCGCUGAGAGCUGUGCCGGGCUGGGCCUCCCCUCUGAUUGCUGGUCCCCGGGGGUCGGGUGUGCAGCCUCGCCGCCUCCCGGGAGCCUGGACAGUGCGCCCCUCUCCUCUCCCGCCUCCCCGCGGCCCCGCCGACCGCUCCAGGCCGCGGGUCCGCAUUUCCACCCCACUGGCGCGCGGUGGCACCCCACACUCUGCGAUCUGGCGCUGGACAGCCCCGGGUCACCCGCGGCCCCUGGCUCGGGUCGCGGUCCCCUUCCCCUGUCCAGGCCUGGCUUAGGCGGCUGCGCUGGGGGGCGCGGUCCGACUCAUCCCCCGCCUCGCCCGGAGCAUCUCCACAAAUGGCUUCCCUUUAGGUAGAGGGCAAGAAGCCUAGCCAGGGGGGCCUGGAGAGGAUGGUGACCCCCUGGCGUUUGUCUGUCAGGGUCUGCUUGUCACACUUAAGAUGCAGGCAGGAACUUGCCCUUUCCAGAACUCUGCGAUGCUCUCGCAAUGCCAGACUAUGUUGGUUUCUGCUAGGGACUUUGCCCAAAUUCAUCUCAGCCCAUGGGAAUGUUGGAAAUGGGGAGCCUGGCAGCUUGUGCCAGCAGAAGAGCCGCUGGAGUGACCUGGCUGAAAACGGACGGGUGGAGAAUGUGGCCCAAACAGGGCCUCUGGGUCGCGUUUUACUGUGUCUCCGCCUAGGGCUGCGCGCUGGCAUUCUCUUGGUGAAAUUCUUCCCCCUCCUCUUCUUGUACCCUCUCACCUAUCUGGCUCCUGGCCUCUCCACCCUCUGGUUCCAUCUGCUCUUGAAAGCUACAGAGACCUCAGGCCCAACGUAUAUCAAACUGGGCCAGUGGGCCAGCACCCGGCGCGAUCUCUUUUCGGAAGCUUUCUGUGACCUGUUCUCCAAGCUGCAUGUCCAGGUGACCCCUCACCCUUGGGCCCGCACAGAAUACUUACUCCAGCAGGCCUUUGGGCAGGACUGGGCCAGCCUCCUCAUUUUCGAGACCCAAGAACCUGUGGGCUCAGGUUGUGUGGCCCAAGUGUACAAAGCGUUCGCUAGCACUGCCUUGCUGGAGAAGGACAAAAUCCGGAGACCUAGGGGGCUCUCUGUGCCGCAGCUGUCCUCAGGAACCAGGGCAGUCGGCAUGCAGAGAGAAUCCUGGGAGAACGGCUGGAGGCCUUCAGAAAAUCUUGCUGAUGAAGCGUUUCUAGAAAAGCUGCUUGUCGCUACAGCUGACUGUCUUAGGUCCGAAGCAGACAGAUCUGAGGCUCCUGGCCAUCCACCUAAGGCAGAUCACCUCAUCCCCGUGGCAGUGAAAGUGUUACACCCUGGCUUGCUCUCCCAGGUGUAUAUGGAUUUACUGCUGAUGAAGAUUGGCAGCCACGCCCUGGGGCUUUUGCCAGGUGUCAAAUGGCUUAGCUUGCCUGAGAUUGUGGAGGAAUUUGAGAAGCUCAUGGUCCAACAGAUAGACCUGCGCUAUGAAGCUCGGAACCUAGAACACUUUCAGCACAACUUCCAGAACAUGGCAUCUGUGAAAUUCCCCACCCCGCUGCCUCCUCUCAUCACCAGGGAUAUACUGGUGGAAACCUAUGAAGAGAGUGUCCCAGUGUCCAGCUACCAGCAGGCAGGAAUUCCUACCGACCUGAAGAGGAAGAUUGCACAGCUGGGGAUCAACAUGCUUUUGAAGAUGGUAUUUGUGGAUAACUUUGUGCAUGGAGAUCUUCACCCUGGGAACAUCCUAGUCCAGGGUGCUGAUGGAUUGUCCCCAAGCCUGGAGAUGCAGCGGCAGCAGCAGGUGAAAGUCUGUGACACGCUGGUGGCCACCAUAGCACCUGCCCUGUGCCCACUGCGCCUGGUGCUGUUGGAUGCUGGCAUUGUGACAGAGUUGCAGGCUUCGGACCUGAGGAAUUUCCGGGCAGUUUUCCUGGCUGUAGUGAUGGGGCAGGGCCACAGAGUGGCUGAGCUCAUCCUGCAUCAUGCUCGGGCCAAUGAGUGCACGGAUGUGGAAAGGUUCAAGGCUGAGAUGGCUAUGCUGGUGACCCAGGCCAGGAAGAACACUAUCACACUGGAAAAGCUUCAUGUUUCCAGCCUCCUGUCCAGUGUCUUUAAGCUACUGAUGACCCAUAAGGUAAAGUUGGAGAGCAACUUUGCCUCCAUUGUGUUUGCCAUCAUGGUGCUGGAAGGGCUCGGCCGCUCGCUGGACCCCAAGCUGGACAUCCUGGAGGCAGCAAAGCCCUUCCUCCUCAAAGAGCCAUCAUCCUUCCUGUGACCGCGGCAAUCGGCACACAGUGAAGGCAGAUCCUGAGGGUCUGUCCUUUGGCAGCUGAGACCUCUAAACUUCGGAUGUGUGGCAGAAACACCACUACUUUCCGUGACCUAGCUUCAGGGUCUGUUUAAAAAAAACUUUGGGUUAUUUUAGGGUAUAAAGGAAAGGAAGCUAAAACUGGUGCCAGAGACACUAUUUUAGGAAAAAUAUCCUUCAGAAGACAAAAUACAUUUACUUAUUUUGUUUUUC